ACAGGUAUCUCUAUGAUAUAUUGGCCAAUGCAAGUGUGGUCAAAAAGAACAUUCCAGUUCUUAUCUGCUGUAACAAAACUGACAAAGUGACAGCACAUACGAAGGAGUUCAUCAGGAAACAAAUGGAGAAAGAAAUAGACAAACUACGGGCAUCAAGAAGUGCAGUAUCUGAAGCUGACAUAGCAAACGACUUCACUAUAGGCGUACCUGGAGAAGCCUUUGCUCUCUCUCAAUGCAACAACAAGGUCACCAUUGCUGAAACUUCCGGUUUGACAGGUGAGGUUGCUCAGGUUGAACAAUUCAUCAGAGAACAUGUGAAACCCUAGUCCAUUACAAUGUUGCAUUUUUAAUGUCCAUGUUGAAAACUGCUUCGCUGAUUUCCUCCUGGAAGUUCGUUGGACCAUUUGAAACUGUGAAAAAACGUCAAGUUUGCUUGAGUCAAAGAGGAGAAAAUUUUGUUCUCUCAGAGGUAGAAAAUCUAUUUCAGUUUCUUUGCGUAUUUGCCAUGUACCGGCAAUUUCUUAACAAAUUCAAUCAUAUACCUUUAUAAAAACCAUUUUUCUUCAGCUGUGUCCUUCAAGAGCAAUUGGCAAACCACAACAAACCACUUUUCUCAGCCCAAACUUCUGUAAGACCCUCUGAACGACCUUGAAAACCAUAGGUUCUUCAAUCUAAUUAUCAAAGCAAAUAUGCCAUAACACGGGAUAUGCAUCAAUGCUACCCCUAAGUACCUGCAAUCCCACAAUAGCCGGAGUCACUAGCAGUAGAAAUGUAGAAUAUGUAAUUUAAUGAGUUUAUUUAACCUAAUAAUCGACAUUAAUUUAA